AUGUUCCCCAUCCAUUCUAAGGGUGUGGAGCAGGAGCUAGACUUCACCAGUGCGCCAGAGAAGAGGAGAUGCAGGGGGUUGAAUCUGAGGGCGUUACGCUGGUCCCAGGCCAUGAUCUUCUUCAUUAAUGAGAUCAACAGAAACCCUGACCUGCUGCCCAACGUGACGCUGGGUUACAGGAUCUACGACACGUGUUGGACGGUGGCGCUGUCUGCCAGAACAGCCCUGUCGGUGGUCUCCCAGCCCCUGAAGAGGAACAGCACGGGGGCAUGUUCGUCCCCGAGCAUCCCUCUAGUCAUCGGGGACUCGGGUUCCAGCCUCUCUAUAGCUGUCUCCAGAAUUCUGAACCUGUUCAAGGUCCCACUGAUCAGUUACUUCUCCUCCUGCGGCUGCCUGAGUGAUAAGCAGCAGUACCCUCACUUCUUUCGAACCAUCCCCAGCGACACGUACCAGGCCAGCGCCAUGGCUCGUCUCGUCAAGCACUUCGGCUGGACCUGGGUGGGCACGCUGGGCGCCGACGAUGCUUACGGCCGGACGGGCAUCGACAUGUUCACGGCUGAGGUGACACGUCUGGGCGUCUGCGUGGCUUUUCGGGUCGUCAUCCCCAAAGUACCGGGUCACAGUCAAAUCAGGGACAUCGUGAAGACGAUUCGGGACUCCGCCUCCCGCGUGCUGGUGACCUUCGCCACCGAGGAGGACAUGGAGCCGGUGGUGGAGGAGGUGGUCCGACAGAAUGUGAAGGGCCGGCUGUGGGUGGCCAGUGAGGCCUGGGUGACCUCCACCCUCAUAUCCACCAAGUACCCGUCGCUCAGUGGCACCGUGGGGUUUGCUAUACGUCGAGCCGAGAUCCCCGGACUGAAGGAUUUCCUACACGGCCUGAAACCGUUCGCCGAGCCGUACAACCCCGCCGCCCGGGAAUUCUGGGAGACGGAGUUCCAGUGCUCGUUUAACACGAGCAGGCCGGUCGGGUCGAUGGCCGAUUCUGUGCAGUAUGAGCGCACGUGUAGUGGACAGGAGAGGAUUCAGGACACCGAGAGCAUCUAUAACGACGUGUCUCAGCUCCGGGUCACGUAUAACGUCCACAAAGCUGUUUACGCCGCAGCACACGCAUUACACAACCUGCUCAUGUGCCAGAACAACAGCUCCUCAAAGCACCAGUGUCCAGAUAUUUACAACCUACAGCCCUGGCAGGUAAUAAAAUACCUAAAGGAAGUGAAUUACACCAACAUUUUUGGGGACACGGUGAACUUCGAUGAAUUUGGAGACCCUGCCGGCUCUUAUGAUAUAGUAAACUGGCAGAAGGGGUCGGACGGAGGGCCGAUGCAGUUUGCCACAGUGGGGCGCUUCGACUCCUCUAUCCCAUCCGAGCAUCAGCUGAUGCUUUACCAGGACAUCAUUACGUGGCCAGAGGGAUCCAGAGAGGUACCAGUAUCAACGUGCUCAGCCAGUUGUAAGCCGGGCUACAGGAAAGCCACGCGUAAGGGCGAGCCUAUUUGCUGCUAUGACUGUGUGCCCUGUACGGAGGGCAGCAUCAGCAACAGCGUAGACCAGUCGGAGUGUGCCCUGUGCCCGGAGGACCUUUGGUCUAACCCACGACGCGACGGCUGUGUCGACAAACAGAUUGAGUUCCUGUCCUACACCGAGGGCUUUGGCAUGGCCCUGGCAGCCGUCUCUAUCCUGGGCGUGGUGACCACUCUGACGAUAGCUGUCAUUUUCCUGCGCCACAGAGAUACCCCGCUGGUGCGGGCCAAUAACUCCGAGCUGAGCUUUUUACUUCUGAUAUCUCUCUCUCUCUGCUUCCUGUGUGCCCUCACCUUCCUGGGCCGGCCGACACACUGGGCAUGCCCGCUCCGACGGACAGCCUUUGGCUUGACCUUUGCUCUGUGUCUGUCCUGCCUGCUCAGCAAAACUCUGGUGGUUCUCAUGGCAUUCAGGGCCACACUGCCCGGCAGUAACUCGGCACGCUGGUUCCGCCCCCCUCAGCAAAGAUUCGGGGUGUUCUUCUGUUCGGCCGUGCAGUGCGCUGUGUGCGUGGCCUGGCUGACCACACACCCGCCGUAUCCGGUCAAGAACACAUGGCUGUACCGUGAUAAGAUCAUACUGGAGUGCCACCUGGGUUCAGUGGCAUUAUUCUGCUGUGUGCUCGGCUACAUCGGCUGCCUCGCUGCCUUUUGCUUUAUUUUAGCGUUCUUAGCUCGCAAGCUGCCCGAUAAUUUUAAUGAAGCCAAAUUCAUCACGUUUAGCAUGCUGAUAUUCUGCGCGGUUUGGAUAGCCUACAUACCCGCGUACGUCAGCUCUCCUGGAAAGUUCACCGUGGCUGUAGAAAUAUUUGCUAUUCUGGCCUCCAGUUUCGGGGUCCUUUUGUGUAUUUUUGCCCCCAAAUGUUAUAUUAUCAUUUUUAUGCCUGAGAAGAAUACUAAAAAAUAUCUCAUGGGGCAAAAGGGUGGAAGGUGA